AUGGCAACUCUAGUUUAUCUACCUGCCACAACUUACCGGCCGGCGACUUCGCCUGUGCAGGCACAGAGACGACAGCGGCCACUUAAUACAAUAAUGGAAGACGAUGAAGAAUCGAUACGGGGUUCAAAACACAUGGAGAUACGAGGUCGAGAUACAUCCCCCCAUAAGGCAGACUGGCUUUCUCCGCUCAGCGACCACUUCCCAACGCCUCGAGCCAAUCAAUUCAUGCAACCAUAUCGUCCAGCUUCACCAUCCUGCUCAGACUCAAGCAAAGAUUCUUCUUCCGCUCCCUCAUCAGCACCAUGGACAAGAGCAAGUUUUACAACUGAUGCUACUGACUUCGAUGAUCUUUACGACGCUUCAUCCGACGAAGAGAAUCGGAGGAGCAGCACCAUGAGGCAAAGAAACACCGUCGGGCAGUCUACACGAUUAAAAAGAUCAUCCACAGGCUCAAUCGGAAGCAGAAGUUCCCUAAGCUCACUACCCUCACUUGUGAUUCCUUCGAGCGGGGAUCCAUGGGCUGAAGUUACCGCAUUCAAACGGCAAUUGGCCUCCCCAAUACCACCGACACCACCCCCAAGAGUAGCAAUGUCUCCUUCCAUGCUCACGUUCUUUAAGAACCAAGAGAAUCUAUCACUUCCAUCUUCGUCGACCCCACCCUCAUUGGAUGGAAGCAUGGAUUCAGAGCAGAUGGCUCAAAUGUCUGCUCCACCAACUCCAGAUAUUGGUUAUGAUAGCGAAGAAGACGGACCUUGUACCAGUUGGGGCGUUCAACUGCAACCUGAUGCUAUGGCCACCUUGGAGGCGAUCUCCGGACCUGCCAAUGACUAUAUCUAUGAGCAACAACCGGAACAGGUCAUUGAUUUAAGUACUAUUCGGCAAGAAAUCAUACCUGCUCAAGAAAUGCAGCAAAGUUUGCCACCAUUGAACACCAAUAUUCAUCGCGCUAAUUCUCUCGUUCUCACUCCAAGUCAACAACGAGCGAUGGAAAGUCUCACAAACCUAGAGAUACCAUCUCCCGGUGGCUUUUUUGCAUCUCUGGGCCAUGGCGCAAGACAUACCUGGCAUCUUGUACCUAUCACGCCGGAUGAACCUCUACCCCCCUCAUCAACGACCGCCGAAAACUUUUAUAAUACCCCGUGGGCGCCACAUCCGGUUGAGCGCAUUAUCGAAGUUCCAGAACCUGCUGAUACUGAUGGACCGCCAACUGCGAAAUUUAUUCGACCCGUGAUCCGCCACGAUAAUUCGGAUGAAACAGUUGUUCCCGUCAAAUCUCCCCCGCCAAAUAUUACUCGUUUCGAGGAAGACAUUGUAGUUGAUGAAUUGUUGACUGAUUACGGACCUGGAUAUAUGAAUAAGCUUGAGGAUACUGCAAAUAUCAAUAUUGAUCGCACAGCAUUGUGGCUUGCUGCCCAACAUAAUUAUAUCAAUCCCACGGAGGCUCGUGAUGACGAAGAUGCCCUAUUAAAGCGAGCUGCUAGUGUAAGGCUUUCUCUGGCAGAAGCGAACAUUUCGCCAAUCGAAUCUGAGCCACUUCCUCUGCAGCGCAAAAAGACUGUUCACUUUUCUACAGAUCCUGUCAACCAUGACGUCUCUACUCCAGCAGCCGCUACUGCUACCCUUGCCACGUUGGCUGGAAACUUUUGCCCGCUACCUAAAGCUCUUCCUCAAGAGUCUACUUAUCAUCGUGCCUUCAAACGUUCAGUCCGCAAAGCUCGUCGCUGUGAUGUAUUCGUGCAUCGUGUUCCCAGAUUUGAAGCCAUUCAGUCACAACGAGUUUCUUUUCCAGCAGCUCAUCGUGCCCACCUCCUCGGUAAAUAUCAAUUGAGCGUUCUCCCCAUGUCUCCCAAACGCCGAAUGUCUUCUAAUGUGGCUCGUGGCGAUGACACACCUUUUGAAGAUCUCGACAAACUCAAGUAUGACAAAGAAAUCGAAGCCCUGGAACAAAUAGCCCCUGCGACCUGGAACGUGACUGCAACUAAAUUGCUGAACGGGGGUCGCUUGAUCGCAGCUCCGGUCGCCAAGCGUCUUGCCAGACUUUCCUCGAUGGGCCCCACCAUCAACGGUACCCCUCGAGACCGUGCUCGCAUUCUCGAUCUUGGCGGACAGGCCACUUGUGACUGGGCAUGGCAUUGUGCCACCGAAUAUCCCAACUGCAAAGUCUACACUGUAACUACCAAAGCUCUUCGCCAACUCUCCAACUCCAACAUUCGCGGCCCCAAGAAUCUUCGGCAAGUGGCCAUUGAUCGUCUAGUCAAGCUUCCAUGGAAAGACAAUCAAUUUGAUCUCGUUUCCGCUCGCGAAAUCUACAGCAUCCUGAAAGAACGCGGCGAAAAUGGCGAAGAUGAAUGGGAAGCCUGUCUUAAGGAAUGCAUGCGUAUUCUCAAGCCAGGCGGAUAUCUCGAAUUCUCCAUCAUGGAUUCAGAUAUCGUAAACGCGGGUCCAAUGGGUUUGGCCAAGAGUGUCGAAUUUGGAUUCAAUCUCAAAACCCUCGGUUAUGAUCCUUCCCCCACCAAACUCUGGCUUGGUCGUCUAAAACGCGCGGGUUUUGUAGGCAUCAAACGUGCGUGGGUAUUCUUGCCCAUGGGUGCAGAUCCGGAAUAUAGAUUAGAUGUAGAGAGAAAUAGCGUGGGUGAUCCAUUGGAGAUGGAAGCGAUUGUCAGCGGGAGCACGGGAGAUGCAGCUUGUGUUACCGGAUUGGUCGGGGGUUGGGCUUGGGAGAAAUGGUUGUUGAGAUGUAGAGUUCAGACACUGGGUGAUGAGGGAACGUUGGAGGGUGUACAGAAUCUUAUCGAAGAGGGUAAAGCUUGUGGUGCUGGAUGGAGGAGCGUCAAUGGAUGGGCUAGAAAGCCGUUGGGCAAAGUUUAG